CUCUUCAGGCCCCCAGUGAGCUGGAUGUUCUGAGGGAAUGGCGUUCCCUCCCGGCAUAUCUUAGGCUCAAUCGCUCCAUCAAAUAUCUUUGACUGUCGCUACAUAGUUCGUAUUCUUAUCCGAAAAGUGUGCGUAGAUAGCUCUGUUUCUUUCUCCAUGACCUUUGUCGAGACUCUAGCCGUCCCGGACAGUGAGGAGCGUCCUUCGGCUGGACACAAUCGUCCUGUAGCCGACAGCACCAAGUGUCCCAACGCGAGGGAGAAGAAGGUUCAGAAUCGUGUCGCCCAGAGAACACAUCAUCGCCGUUUAAAAACAAAGCUGGAAGUGCUACGGGAAAGAUUGAAAGAGCCUGAGAAGCAAGUUGGGGAACCUGCCAGGGUCCAGACAUCCACCUCCACGCUGGUGUCGGGUGCGGCAACCAGCUUGGCAGAUUCGAUGUGCUUGGUGCCAGCAGUGCAAAAUGACCAGGCCAUGGCGUUUGAUUUUCUGAUGAUGCCAUCACCUUCUGUUGGUAAUGGUUGUCCUUCACAUGACCUGGAAACCAUGCGCCAAGCUGCGUCUGUUCAUUCCAACACCUUAGGCGCGGCCUUCCCGCUAAACAGGUCGCCCUGUACUGAGAACAUGACGCCCGAAUCGCAAGUUAGUCUAGCUACCGCACCAUUGUGUUUUACUUCUGUCGUCCCGGCGGAGUUGGACAUGGACGCUUUCUGCACGCCUGACAGCAGUGAUUGGUCGCGGCCGAAUGAAGAAUCUCUCCUACGUUUGUCCAAUUAUUCUACCUCCAUGUCACAUGCAAACGUUCAAUGGGGCGUAGAUGCAAAUGCUCCGCUCCAAGAUCGUGUGCGCUACAUGAGGGACCAAGCCGUCGCCAUGGGCUUCGGCUCUCUCGAUGACGUCGUCGAGGCGCACUACACACAGAAGCUUGAGUGCACCAGCCCAUCGUUCCAAGAGCAGCGACUGAGCCGCAAUCGGCGACUGUCGCGGCUGUUGAGCACGCUGCACAAUGCGGCCAAAGACUGGUCGGAGUGGGAGCGACGCGGGUUGCAAGAGCAGGUUACCCAAGGUGCCGAAGACAUCUUUGUCUCCGAGCUAAAUUCGUACAUUACACAGCGCUCGAUGAACUCAACGGACGACAAAAUCAUCAUGGGCGGCCUCCUGGACGAGCAGUCUGGACUGAGGCAAGGCGUGGAAGAGAGGCGGAGACUCCAGGACAGUCUCCCCAACCUAAGUGCCCUCCUCACCACUCUGCUGUCAAGGUCCAACGCACUCAACCAAGACGCCCGUCGAGACGCUGUACUCGCCAUGAUCAAGACAAUGUGCUUUGACUAAGACGAGAACAGGAGUACAUCAUAGGUUUCCAUCGCGUGAACAAAGAAGCUUUGCUAUUCAAAGAAAACGUGUAUACAUACAACCAUAGACGCGGCACUCGAACGCACAGAUAUACGACUGAUACAUGAGACGGCAACGUGCGUUUUUGCCGUGCUGUUGUAACACCCCUUGUACAUGAACCCGGUUCCUACUUCCGUGACGCUCCGGC